UCCAGAGAGAGACGCAGGCGGGAGCGGGGUGUGUGCGUGUGUGUGCGGGGCUAGGGAGACACGCGCGCACACCACUCGCGGCCCGGCCAGCGGCACGUGAACCCUCCGCCUCUCCCAGUGCCACUGCCCGGAGCCCCGGCCACAGCCACGCAGGGCAGGGAAACCACGCGCCGCGGCGCCACCCGGCAGCCUCCAGCCCUGGGGCGGUGCGAUGCCCCGGGCGAGUCACUGCUGCCGCUGGCUCUCGGGGAGUGGGGGCGAUGGUGCGUUGAAGGAAAUGACCCGCUGAGGGACUGUGGCGGUCACACACACACGCGCGUUGCAGGCACACGCGCGAUUUGUAGACUCGGUUUUGGGGGUGGAGGGGAAGCAGCAGCCGGUUUCCCUCGCUUCUGCAUUGAAGGAGUUCCUGGGCUUCUGCUCCUGCUAGUGGGUUUGUACAAGGCAGCGGAGCGGGGGCAAGGCAGGACGCCAAGGCACGGAGGAGGAGGAGAAGCGAAAGACAACUCGGAACAUUUGCCGAGGAAAUUCUAAGGUGCGGGGUGAAGACCAGCGUGACUUCCAGUUCCCGAGGAAAGCCCCUAGCAAACCCGGCGGGGGAGAAAACCACCCUUUCCCCGCUAACCAUGGAUACAUUGCCUCUCGUUUGGGGAUUUUUAGCUCUGUCCUUGGCUGGAUCCGGAGUGCUAGGCGAAGCAGUUCAGUCGUGUGGGGGUCGUUUGAAUUCAAAGGAUGCUGGUUACAUCACUUCACCGGAAUACCCACAGGACUACCCCUCCCACCAGAACUGCGAGUGGGUCAUUUACGCCCCGGAAGCAAAUCAGAAGAUUAUCCUCAACUUCAACCCUCAUUUUGAAAUUGAGAAACACGACUGCAAAUAUGACUUUAUCGAGAUACGGGACGGAGACAGCGAGUCGGCAGACCUGCUGGGCAAACACUGUGGGAACAUUGCUCCUCCGACCAUCAUCUCCUCAGGCUCCUCUCUCUACAUUAAGUUCACCUCGGACUACGCACGGCAAGGCGCUGGCUUCUCUUUGCGCUAUGAGAUCUACAAGACAGGCUCUGAAGACUGUUCUAGAAACUUCACCAGCUCCAAUGGCACUAUUGACUCUCCAGGAUUCCCUGAUAAGUAUCCCCACAACUUGGACUGCACUUUCACCAUCAUGGCCAAGCCAAAGAUGGAAAUCAUCCUUCAGUUUCUGACCUUUGACCUGGAGCAUGACCCCUUGCAGGUCGGAGAGGGAGAUUGCAAGUAUGAUUGGCUGGACAUCUGGGAUGGCAUUCCUCAAGUUGGCCCUUUGAUAGGCAGGUACUGUGGCACUAGGACACCUUCCGAGAUCCGCUCAGCUACUGGUAUUCUCUCGCUUACCUUCCAUACUGAUCUGGCAGUGGCUAAAGAUGGCUUCUCUGCCCGCUACUACUUGGUCCAGCAGGAGAUCCCGGAAAACUUCCAGUGCAACAUUCCUUUGGGGAUGGAAUCUGGCAGAAUCUCCAAUGAACAGAUCAGUGCCUCCUCCACCUACUCGGAUGGAAGGUGGACCCCACAGCAGAGCCGGCUCAACAGUGAUGACAACGGAUGGACCCCCAACCUGGAUUCCAACAAGGAGUUCCUCCAGGUGGACCUUCGUUUCCUGACCCUGUUGACGGCCAUUGCUACCCAGGGUGCCAUCUCCAAAGAAACGCAGAAUGGCUACUAUGUCCGCUCCUACAAGCUGGAGGUCAGCACCAAUGGCGAGGACUGGAUGAUGUACCGGCAUGGUAAAAACCAUAAGGUAUUUCAAGCUAACACCGAUGUCACUGAAGUGGUCCUGAACAAGAUCCACGCUCCGGUGCUGACUCGGUUUGUCCGGAUCCGUCCCCAAGUCUGGCACAAUGGGAUUGCUCUCAGACUUGAGCUCUAUGGCUGCCGCAUCACAGAUUCACCCUGCUCCAACAUGCUGGGGAUGCUUUCCGGCCUUAUCUCAGACUCCCAGAUCUCUGCCUCCUCAAUCAGAGGGUACGACUGGUCCCCUAGCAUGGCGCGGCUGGUCAGCAGCCGCUCUGGAUGGUUCCCACGAAUCCCCCAAGCCCAGCCAGGGGAAGAAUGGCUGCAGGUGGACCUGGGAGUCCCUAAGAAUGUGAAAGGAGUGGUUAUCCAAGGGGCCCGAGGAGGAGACAGCAUCACCAUGGUAGAGGCUCGAUCCUUUGUGAAGAAGUUUAAAGUGGCCUACAGCCUGAAUGGCAAGGACUGGGAGUAUAUACAGGACACCAAAACCAUGCAACCCAAGCUUUUUGAAGGUAACAUGCAUUAUGACAUCCCUGAAGUCCGAAGGUUUGACCCUGUUCCUGCACAGUACAUCCGGGUUCACCCAGAACGGUGGUCUCCAGCAGGGAUUGGGAUGCGUUUGGAGGUGUUGGGCUGCGAUUGGACAGAUGCAAAGCCCACUUCAGAGACACUGAAGCCCACCUUGAAGAGUGAGGAGACCACGUCUCCAUUCCCUACUGAUGAGGAGACAACAGAGUGUGGUGAUGGCUGUGGAGAAGGUGAUGAUGCCCAGCUUCCUGUAGGAUUCAAUUGCAACUUUGACCUCCCUGAAGACCUAUGUGGUUGGUCUAAUGACCCUGAAACAGAUUAUACAUGGUCUUUCCAUUCUAGAAGCACCUGGUUCAGCAAUUCAGGACCAAGCACUGGGUCCUUACCUGAGAGUAAAAGCUACUUGCGGCCGCAGAGCAGUGGAGGGAGAGAGGAACAGCACACCCGGCUCCUCAGCCCCAUGAUCUACUUGCCCAGGAGUGCUGUCUGCAUGGUGUUCCAGUACCAAGCAUCGGGCGGGAGUGGGAUAAUGCUGCAGGUGUGGCGGGAAGCGAGCCAGGAGAAAAAGCUGUUGUGGAUCAUCUCGGAAGACCAAGGGGAUGAGUGGAAAGAGGGACGGAUCAUUCUGCCAAGCUACGAUAUGGCCUAUCAAAUUGUGUUCGACGGUGUUAUACGCAAAGGAGAUUCGGGAGAAAUUGCCAUCGAUGACAUCCGGAUUGGCUCCGAUAUCUCCCUAGAGAAUUGUAUGGAACCCAUCACAGCUUUCCCAGGUGAGAACUUCUACAUUCCAGUGGACUUCCCAAGGUUAGAGGACGGCUUUGCAAUCCCUGGGCGAGACACUGGAGAUGACAAUGAAGCUGAUUAUUUUGGUCUGGAUAACAACACCACACUGUUCUCUACUAACUCUCCAGUAGCCCCAAAGCUGGACAAAGACAAGAGCUGGCUCUACACUCUGGAUCCAAUCCUAGUCACCAUCAUAGCUAUGAGUUCGCUUGGAGUUCUCCUAGGGGCCAUUUGUGCUGGGUUAUUGCUCUACUGUACAUGCUCCUAUACUGGUCUUUCCUCUCGAAGCUCCACUACUCUGGAGAACUACAACUUUGAGCUGUAUGAUGGCAUCAAGCACAAAGUCAAAAUGAAUCACCAGAAGUGCUGUUCUGAGGCAUGACUGAUUGCACCGGAAUCACAUGUGACAUUUCAUUCCAGCGAGAGUAGCUGGUGAAGAUUACUUGUUGUCUAUGGGAAUGGAAUGCCAUAAUCUCAAACCAAUCUGGAAUACAGAAGGGGGCAUGGGCAUGAGGCCCCUGUCGUAAACUACAGUUGUAGACUCCAGUAAGCGGAUUACAAUCUGCAAGGACUACGGUAGCUGAAUAAUUAUUUUAAUGAUGAGAACUGUGUUGGAACAAGGAAAGGAGCUCAGAUGCUCCCCUGCCCCUUUAUGUGAAUGAUUGAGACGUGUCCAAGGAAAUGUUGCUUUACCUUUUGGAUGUGAGAAAUAAAAUGUUGAUCAUUAUUUCCCACUUCCUUUCCCGAAUACGUGGCUGAAAAUUUCUCAGCCAUUCUGUCUUUAGAAAUAACACACACACAAAAGCCCAUCCCGCUUCUCUCCCCAUUCAGAUAUUCUUUUGAGUUAAGGGAUUUGUUCUUGGUGCACGUUAUACAAACCUGGCGAGCUGCACUUUCUACGCCUAAAAUGAAAGCAGGUUGUUGCCUUUAACUUUCCAUAGCCAGGCGGCGUAGGGGGUGGAAAGAAUUACACCAAUGUUAGGGUCAAUGGAAACAGCCAUGCUUUCUUAAGAGAUUAAGAAGCAAAAUAGAAAGGAAACCUUACAUGUAGACGCACCCCUCGGAGAGAAGCUGAAGAGCCUUAAAGUGAUUUAUGAAUAAGAGCCAUUUAUUAAAUCCAGAACUUGGAUUGAAACAGCAGCGACCUUCCUCAGAAGGGCUCUUUUUAUUUCUUUUAUCCUUUUUUAAAGUAUAUAUAUAAGAAAAUUGCAGCAAACAAAAGACACACAAUUGUAAGGUUCCCAAGACUCUGGAGAUGGCUUUUUUGAGAGAAUGGUCUGCUAUAUAUAUAGCUAUAUAUUUAAAUUCUUUGAUAAUGUGAUGGCCACUCAGAAUAAGAAGGAAAAAAUUAACUAUUAUCAUGCACCAUUCCGUGGAGUGGGAUGCGGUGCGGGGUGAGACCCAACACACUUAGAUUAAUUGACUGCCCUACUAAGACGGUAACCAUUCUUUCUCCUUUGGGUUAUGGUAACUUCCUCUGCUUUCCACGGAGUCAGGUAUGAGCUGCAAGACUCCAGUCUGGAUAUCAAGUAAACAGUUUAGACCAAAAUGCGGUCAUCUUCUCAUCCCUUCAGAGCGAAGUGCUCUGCUUCUGACCUGUUGCCAACACCAACAACAAAAUUAUGUGGUGUUUUGUUUUGUUUGUUAAUCAAGUGCCUUAGAAAAACAUAGUGUUUCUAUGUCUAGAGAUCAGUGAUGUAUCAGACUACAAGCAAGGCGUUCAUCCUUCCCCUCUUCGUAAUAUAUUCUUCAUGGGCGCUCUACUGGGUAGAGCCUAAUUGAAGAGUCUUGUCUUUGUACUUGCAAGUGGUCUGGCUAUAUUUUCUCUCUGUGUCUAUGUGAUCAUGCCACACAAGAGAUGUGUUAUGUCCAUAGUGUAGUAAAUGAAAAGGUUUAAAAUCCCUGGUUUCACAUCAAUGAUGUUAUUUCAGUUUUAAUACAGCUGGGUUAUCUAUAUGAAUGUUUCCAUAUUACUGCACAUGGAUUAUCCAUAUGCCAGCAAGAACCCAACACCCAAUUUUAUUCCUAAAGGGUCCAUAUAUCCUGUUGUUUUCAUAUGAUCUUCCAGGAUCUUCUUGUGAGAACCUGACGUGGCUUCGCUUUUCAUUUCAGAUAUCAAAGUAUUUUUGUUUUGUUUUUUUUACAGUCUCAAAGUUUUCUGGGCAUAACGCUACAUGGAAUAGCAUUUGCUCUGUGUACUAGGAACAAGCCAGCCAGUAGAACAAGUGCUCAGUGUGAUGAGCAGCAUUUGGAGUGAAGAGAAAAGAAGUAGAAUGACUGUGGGCACAAUUCAGGGGUUCUUUAGCUCACCAUGAAUGUUAAUGGCUCUUGUUGAGAGUUUCAUGAAAAGCUCACUUGGAAAAAUCCGCCUGAAAAGUAAGCAUGGACCCUUGUUGAGUUGGAAGCUGGCAGGUGUGACACUUACACACACUUUUUGAAAAGUGCAUUCUUAUCUAAUAUGUGACUAUUUCAUGUCCCUAAAAAAAAACAUUGGCACAAAACCAUCCCGUUUUUUUUAUUUUGAAAAAUUGGUCACUUUAGCGUGGUCAUUCUCCACACACAAACUACCCAUUACUCUGCCCCCCCCCCCCAAAAAAAAACUAAAGCCACCAACCAUACACACAGUGAUAGUAAAAUGUAUCAGACCAUUUCAAAGGUGGAUUGCUGCUACUCAUCAACUUUAUCCCUCUUCUAAAUCACACAAAAGGGGAAGGGUGAAUGGAAAAUGACCAUAGUCACCCACCUGUAAAAGUCAACUUAUAGAAACAAUAGUCACUAAUAUAUGGUAAUGUUACAGUGUCUAGUAGGCAGCUAGAGGGGGAGAGGUCGUAUAUACAUAGAGUCAGUUUGAUGUGUGUUUAUGCACACGUGAAUUCUCUGUAUGUAUUGUGUAUGUGAAUGAUUACGUGGGAACUGAAUAAUGUUACUGUAGCUCUGGUCUGGGGCAGGAGAGUACUGCUGUUCGUGGCACUAAUUUGGGAGGGACCUAGCCAAGCUGUGCUUAAUGGAAAAGCACACCCCAUAAGAGUCCUGCAUUUCAAGUCCACGUGGGUUGGUACAGGGACCUGAAUGUGCACACUUGCUGAGCAGAAACAGGCCAAUAAUGCUGCAUAGCUGAUACCUCACUUACCGCUGCUGUGUGCUUUACUGUUCUAAUACAGUAUAAUGACUGUGUUUGCUUGUAACUUUAACAGGAAAAAUAAAAUUGGUGCAGUCUCAUCUGCAAAUACAAACUAUUUGUUAACCCAUGUUCUCAAGCAAUGCCCUUUCCAAAAUACACUAAUAACGCAGUGUUAAUAAUGCCUUUGCUGAUGUAUGUUAUCUCCACACCCUCCCAGUGUCAGGUAAUCAUUACUAACAGGCAUGUUUGUCAUGUUGCUGAUUUCAUUUUGCAGGGAGGUGAGCAUGGGAAUUAACCCUUAAGAAACUGUAUGCAGAAGCUGAACUUUUCCAAGGUUUGCAGUGCAAGGUAGUCAACCAUUCACUGGCUGAGCCAGGACAUAUGAGCUUCAGCUCUUUUACUGUGAUUCUUCAGUGUAAAAAGACAAAUCAAACUGUGUUUAUAUGAUUUGUAUAAAAACCCUUUAAAAAUGCCUAUUUAAUAAACAUUACAGUAGA